AUGAACGAGUUCCUCUUUCUCAGAGAGAUCUUGUCCGAUUAUAAGAAGGAUCUAAGGAGGAAGUAUUUUGUGGCGACGGGAGAGGAACCCAGCGAGGAGAUGAUGGAAAAGAUAGCUUCAGGGAGGAACACAGAGGACUUAUCGAGAUCGAUCACUCUUCCCCCGCUGGCGCCGCCUCUUAAAUACAGCUUAUGCAGUUGGUAA